AUGGCCCCAUCUAUUAGUUGUCCUACUACAGCUUCUUCCCCAAACUCUGAGCUUCUGCCUUCCUCCAAAGCUCUCGCAACUACAACUACUUCUAUAUCCACAGCUGUUUUAGGCAAGAUACCCCCGCCAGGACAUGUAUACUUCAAACUGAAUCCCCCACGAGAACCACCACCUAGAGACAAGAAAGGACACUUUAUAAAGAAAACAGCCAGUUACAUCAAACUCUCCAAUACCACAUUCCCAUCCUCAGAUUCAUCGCCCUUAGACACUCCAGAAAUCAACCAACGAGCGCUAGAACACGAACACGAGGAAUCAGAACACGAGGUCAUACAGCAGCUAGCAGAUGACGAAGAGUCCUUACCAGGAGCACCAGACCCCUCCACGUCAAUCUUCCACCCUCAGUCUCCUAAACACAUACCAGUCGUCGCCCUCCCACCCGUACUGAAUAAACCAGCCAAGGUCAUGACGGGCGUACCAUUACCCGCACUGUUCCAUGGGAAAGAAAGUGAAAAUGCGCAAAACUUCCUGCGAAGCACGGAAGCAUACUUUCUAGUUAACCAGAUCGCAGACAAAGCCGUCAAAGUAGCACUAUUUGCUGCAUUAAUCUCAGCAGGAUCACAAGCGGACCACUGGUGGACGAACCUCGACGCACAACAUAAGGCAACAUGGAGAAACGUUAAAGCAGCCUUCGAAACAAAGUGGCCGGCAAUAACAGUAGCAGGAAAAACUCAACUCGAAUAUCAGAAAGAGUUAUUAGCAUUACAGUUGAAAGAGGAAGAUGUAGGAGAACGCCUCACAUUAGCCAAAAUCACCACCUGGUCCCACAUCCACUUCCAUAACCAGCUCACGACAUUAGUACAAGAUGCAGGCGUAGCAAAUGCACCAGUUCUAAUACACCAGGUCCGAGAUGUGCUCCCGCGAGUUCUACGAGACCUCACAACACCUGCGCCAGCCGACUGGAAUAUGUUCUUAUCGGAAAUCGCAGGUGUCAAUGUGGAUAUCCUGCAAGACAAGGCUAAACGUGAGAAAGAGAGAAAAGAAGUAGAAAGAUCGCAAAACGCGCGCAUUGCGCGUCUAGAAAGCCAGAGGAACGACCCAGUAGAAGUGCUACGCCUACAGAUGCAGCAGGCAACACUUGGAACGAAUAAUCCUAUGAGAACAAUGGGAGCAAUGAUGCUGCAGACGAGAGUAAACACAGGAAGUCCUACCAUGCAACAAACGCAGGUCACCAGAAGACAAGUACGCUACAUGGCAGCCGGUCAAAUGCAGCCAGGACAAAGAGCAGUACGAAAUGCACCUACACAAGAAGAACAAGACCUCUUAAGAGCUCGCAUCAACGAGCUGCCGCAGCAUGUAGACUCAGACGUGGGUCAAGCAGCCUACAACGAGCAACGGAGACAAUGGGCAUUCAAGGAACAAUCAGUCCUCGCGUGCCAAGAGGAGGCACACAAGGACAAGCAUCACACCUCCGUCGAGAAUCCAAGUCAUACAGAAUAUGUCGCUAUGCAGUCUCAAUCUAGUGAACAAUAUGACAUUGUUGAAUUGUACUUGACAGACAAUGAGGAAACCCACCCACUCUUCGACGAGGGCGCCAUGGUCAACGCCAUGUGCGCAACAGAAUUCGAGCUAAUAAAACAUCGGUUAGGAAGUUGGGGAGCGUCAACAAAAAGAUUACGCAUGGCGAACAGCACAAUAGUACCCUCCAGAGCCGUAUGGAGAGGUGAAGUCAUAAUAGGAGUCAAGAUGCAAGGAGAGUUUGAAGUAUUCGAAAGUGGAGGAGGAUGGAGAUUCCUGUUCGGAAAACCGCUACUGCACAUGUUUUGGGCGAUACAUGAAUACGAAACCGACGUAGUACAUAUAACAGGAGAGGGAGGGUCGAAGAUGAUCUAUAAUCAAAGUCAAGCAGAGGACACGGCACAGAGAGAAGAGAAGAUCCCUACAGGAACACACAUCCCAAUCUGCGUCACAUCAGAUGACAAAGAUGAAACUGCAGUCUUCACGAGGACGACGAAUCCGACAAACCCGAAACGAGUAGCAUAUGUCAUGAAGGCAGUACAGUAUGGGAAGGAACUGACAGAGGAAGAACGCAAACGAGUCGAAAGCUUAGUAGAAAGAUAUGCAGAUAUAUUUGCGUGCUCACUUUCAGAAGUCCUCCCAAUCCCAGGAGCUCAACAUCGGCUGAACAUACCAGAAAACGCCAUGUUCAACUUACACAUUCGUCAACGAGCCCUCACACCACCGCAAGCCAAGUUCCUACAUGGCUGA